GGAAAAAAUAGGAGGAUAGAAAAGCAUUCCUAACCAUUUUGAUUGAAGAAACUAGAGAUACAAGCCGGCGGAUAUACAUAAUUAGUAUGUGGACAUCUGCUUUUUGACAUAUGUACUUUGAAUUAAAAUUCGAUUUCCGAUCAAAACAUUUGUUUUCCACAUUUGGCUUCUUCCAUGUCCUUGCUUCAAAAUUCUCUAUUUUUACCUUUGUAAGUAAAUAUUCUUCAAGAAAAUCCUUUGAGAUAAUCCAGUUUUUUUCGACUUGUUUUAAGCCCCAUUUUUUUGAUGGUUUUUAGGAUGGCAUAUUAUUAGGUACAUAGAGGUAUUUAUUAUCUACAUUUAAAAUAAAAAUCAGACAAAAAUGGAGGUUCUUUUUUCUCUAAUAAAUAUUAAAUAAAUAAAUGGCUGUUGCCCGGUAACCAUUUCUCAACAAAAAAUAGAUACUACUACGCAGACAUGCACUAAAAUAGGACUCUACCAAGACAAAAUUUGCGCGAGCACCCAGAAAUAACAAAAUUCUUAUUGCUUGUUUAAUCAA